ACAGGAUCUCUACGGAAAUAAAGAUCGUUAUCGAAACCUAAAGGUCAAGGGAAGUUCAAAAAAGACAAGAUCACACAUAUUAAGGUUCUCCACGUUAACACAGACAAGAUCCUUCCUUUUUUCAGGAGCGAAGGGUAACCUGAGUUCGAUCUAAAGAUCCAAAUGUCGAUUUAUUUUGAUUUUGCCGACUCUGCGCUCGAUCCUCAAAAUUUAAAGAUCAGCACAAAUUCAUAUUAUCCGGUGCGGACGAAAAAGGCACAGAUGAACUUUCAAAGAUCAGAAGGCUUAUUUCGUAGCCGACGAGCUCCUCCUCGGCCAGAUCCUGUGAAAGAAGCGAAAUGUAAUUCAAAACCGAAUGGCGAUGGCCCUUCAAGUGAUCUCCGUUUUAGAUGUUGAGAAAAGGAAAGCGAUAACCUCCACUACUUCUCAACCACUUCUUAUCGAAAAACCACGCACACAGGGACCUCUUUUCGUAAGAAAAGUAGUAAGAGCAUUAUCUCUGAUCUCAUCUCAUCAGCAGACCCUUCUCUCUCGCGAAAAUGGCUCCGAAAGCUAAGAACAGCCAGGAAUCCAUCGGCCAGCGCCUGGGUCUGGUCAUCAAGUCCGGUAAGUACACUUUGGGGUACAAGUCCACCCUGAAGACCCUCCGGUCGGGAAAAUCCAAGUUGGUCAUCAUCGCCUCCAACUGCCCGGCCCUGACCAAGUCCGAGAUCGAGUACUACGCCAUGUUGGGCAAGACCGGCGUCUACCACUUUCCGGGUAUAAUAAUUUAUUUUUCUAAAUUUUUGCCAAUAUUAUCAUAUGUAGUGUACCGCCAUCAUAUUCUAAAUCUAAAGAUUUCGGUCGUCCUCUCACAACUUGAGUGAAUGCGAUUCUAUCCAUGCGUCAGUGAAGGGAUGACUUCUUGAGCUCUGUGCGACGACGAGGAGUAGAGACAUGAUUCUUAUCCACUACGCCGAUUCUACUGGCAAAUUGUAAGUACAGAGUGAAAAGAGCAGAUCUGAUGUUCAUGACGUGAUUGGUGGAAGGGGAAGCUAUCAAGAAUUUUGCGAAACUUUACAUCAACAGGAACCAACAACGACCUCGGAACCACCUGCGGUAAGUACUUCCGCUGCGGUGUUAUGUCCAUCAUCGACCCGGGUGACAGUGACAUCAUCCGCACCCUGCCGGGAAACUAAAUUACUGCUGAUUUAGCAAAAAUUAUCGGGCCGCGGAGCAUCACUUUCGGCCUGUUGUGCGACUUCUUUUGACGGCGCAAUAACUCUUCGAUACGACGAGAGACUCGGGCUGUUUCUAGCAGUUGGCCGACGCGUCGACUUUGUAGCGACGCAAGGCGGGAUUAUGAUGAUGUCGUGUGGAAAAACUGUUUUGAUGGAAUAGGCUUACUCACGACCACUCGGAGAUUAUUCGGUUAGAUUGAGCGUAAAGUGAUGAAAAGCUCUGUGCUGUCUUCAAGUGUCUGAGAUGAAUUGUCGCCAGAAAGUUGAAGUACGACAGUGCACGGAGAAAACGAAAACUAUUGUAGAGAUGACGAUGAAAACUGAAAAAUGAGAUGAGGAGAUAGUGAACAUACUGAC